GAGUUUAGACCAGUUGGGGCGUGUGAGCCCCAAGAGCUAAACUGGCUAAACUGGUCAAUUUUGCCAAGACUUUUCAGUUUUGAUCUCAGUCUAGGAUUUCAGUUUAGACCUCAGUUUAGACCUGUUUAGAGUACCGUGAAACCCCCUAUUGCUCGCUCGGAGGUAUCCGCAGACAUAGUCUAAGCGUUGCCGUUGCAAGAGAAUUGACUGUCCCCCGGCGAAGAGCCACCGUCCCCUAGUAUGAGGGCCGCUUCGCUCUCUCUCGUCGCACUUUUCGGUUCCGCAGCUUUUUCUCAUGUUGAGAGGGCAGGAGCCAAGGAAGGGGUACAUCGCCGCCAGUUAGAGGCCGAGGCGCGCCAUCGGGCCACCCGUAACUGCGCCCCUGCUAUCCGUGCAUUUCACCACAAACGUCGACAGGCUCGUAAUGUCGCUGAGGAGUUUUUGGGCCUGGAUGAACUUCCCGAUAAGGCCAUCGAUGAACCUCAUGAUAAAUCCGGGGGCAUUCACAACAAUACAUGCGUGCUCACACCUGAGACCACGGAAGGCCCAUACUAUGUGAGGAAUGAACUCGUUCGCCGAGAUAUUCGGCAAGGCCAGCCUGGUGUUCCUCUGACCCUAAACAUUGGCGUAUUGGAUAUUUCUACUUGCAAGCCUCUAUCCCGCGCAUUCGUGGAAAUUUGGCAUUCCAACUCUACAGGAUUCUAUUCUGGAUAUACUGGCUACACUCUUCCUUUUGAAGGCAAUGACACUACACCUCCCCCGAUUCCUACCGAUGACACAUUUCCUACUCCGCCAAUGACAGACGAGCUUAACUUCCUUCGCGGCGGAUGGCCGACAGACAAAGAGGGCGUCGUCGAGUUUCAAAGUAUCUACCCCGGCUUUUAUAACUCUCGAACCGUCCACAUCCACGCCGCCGUUCAAACAAAUUGGACGAAGGCAAGGAAUGGUACUAUUGAAUCGACUGCAGGGAAUUUGUUGCAUAUUGGCCAGAUUUAUUUCGACGACGCCGUUACUGAUAAGGUUGUUGUCACGAAGGCAUACUUGAAUACUACACGGCGACGCCUACAUAAUUCUGAGGAUAUACUCUUUCCGGAUCAGAACUCGGGUGGUUAUAAUGCGUUGGCCGAAACUUAUCAGCUUGGGGCCAAAAUUGAGGAAGGUAUCCUCACUUACAUCACUAUUGGUGUGGACCCUGCCGCGAGAUAUUCAUUCUCCAGCCCGAAUUAUUGGACCCCUGACUAAGUCAUCCUUGAAUGUUUUUGUUGAGUUGUAGGCAUUUCAAUAGUCCCAGUAAGAUAUCUGUUUUGCAUAGCUACGUUCUCGCUCAAGUUGCCAGAUCCGUGAAUCGCGAAACGCCCGGAUUUUGGCGGGAUGACAGGCACGAUUACGUUCCCGAUUGGGUUCUGAACUACCAGAUCCUUUGACACCCAAUCUAGCAUCGGUAUAAAUACACUACUUGUCACCUGCACCACACAUGCAUACAUGAGAGUUUACG